UCAGGUCCGCGCACCGCUCGCAGAGCAAUGGACUUUUAGUUAUUCCGUGAUCUUUUACCAAUAUUGUGCAGCGCACACGGCACGACGGCUGAUCGCAGAGGUAGCAACAGAAACAGCAACAGCAAGAGAAGCAGCACCACUAACACUACAACCACCUCAAAAAUAAUCAAAUUAUCGAUAGUUGAUAUUUAUUUACGGAAGUGCCAGUGAUAAAAAUACACAGAAGAAACGGAAACAAUACUCGUUGAUUAAAACUAACCUACAAGAAAAUAAACUAAACUGUGCUUACGAUUAGCUGAAUGAUAUAUGUAUAUAGCAAAAAGUUCUUCUUUUGAUGCUUAUUUGAUUUUCAAGUUUUGGUUUGACAAUAACGCCCACGAAACGUUGGGAAGCUUUGAAAGCUGUGCGCGUGUGCUACGUCAUUUGAACCACUGUGCACCGUGUGGCGAGUGAGCUGCCAAUUGGUUUAUGUUUGUUGUUGUUUGUUUUUCACCCCUGUUGUUGUUGUUGGUGUUGGUGUUGGUCUGUUUGAAAACGUCAAAUUCGAUUUUUAUGACUUUUGAAAGCGUGACUAAGGCGUGAUUUAUGAUGGCGUGUGGUUUUUAAUAUUCAUGUGCAAAGUCAAAAGGCAAACGAGCCACGAACGACGAUAACCACAACACCACAACAACACAGCACCACCAAGCCACCAACCUGCGUAGGUGCGCCAAACAAUAAAAACUAAAGGCAGCAACAACAACCACUGACAACAACUGACAACAACAACAACAACUGGCAGUGUUGCAUCUUUGUGCCCACGGGCAAAGUCUGAGCAUCGAUAUCCUGCUGUGUGUGCGUGGAUCAGCGGAUCAGUGGAUCAGUGGCUCAGUGUAUUGGGCUUUUUAUGGACGCAGCGAAGCAAUUGACUGCCGCUGCUGCAGCUGGCAAGCACAACAGCAAUAACAACAAAAACAACAACACUAUGCAAACACUGCCACAAAAAGCAACAACAACAACAGCAGCAGCUGCAACAGCAACAACAACAACUGCAACAGAGGCGUCACAAGCAUUAGAAGUUGCAGCGACAACUAAAACAAGCAACAACAACAGCAGCAGCAGCAACAACAAAGCUCACAGCAACAAGCAGCAGCAAAGUGUUGCAGCAACAACAAUGACAACAACAACCACCACAAAUUUAGAACAACAACUGAAGAGCACAAGUCACAUUAGGACAGAGACAGCACAACAAUUGUCAGCAGGCAAAGUAGCAACUAAUCCAACAGCAGCAGCAGCAACUGUACCAACUACAGCAGCAACAGUUGCCAGUGGCACGAAAUCAAGUGCAGCAGCAAUGGCAGCGGCAACAGCAACAGCUGCUGCUGCCACCAAUGAUCUGGCAGCGGCUGCUGCUGUGGUGUUAUCACUACAAGGCACCAUGGUCAGCAGCUUGCAACAAGCGGCAUUGCUGCCGGCAAAUUCGGCAGCAGCAGCUGCACUUAAUUUGCAGGCACUCGAAUCGUAUUUGGCACUGCAGCGAUUAACUGGAAAAUCGGAUGUGUUUCGAUUUAGCAACAGUAACAGUAACAGCAACAGUAAUAACAAUAACAACAACAACAACAACGGCAGCAACAGCAACACUAGCAACAGCAGCAGCAACAAUAACAGCGAUGCUGAGAACAAUACAAAUUUGCCCACGCUUAUUGACAUUGCCAGCAUUGAAUUAAAGUCCAGUUGCUCCUCUAGCGCCUCCAGUGUCACCACAGCAAUUGUCAGCUCACCCAACAACAACAACAAUAAUAACAGCAGCAGCAAUAGCCACAGCAGCAACAACAACACUAGCAACAGCAACACCACUAGCAGCAACAACAACACUAGCAGCAAUAACUCAAGUACUUCAAAAUGCAUUCCACCGUUGCCUUCAAUUGGCACCGUCAGCGCCGCUGUUGCUGCUGCUGCUGCGGCUGCCGCUGCUGCCGCCAAUCAACAGGCGGCAUUAGAUUGUGCCACAGCUGCUGAGCUUGCCGCUGAAUGCGAUCUACCAUUGCUCGAUGGCGAGGACGCAUUGUCCUUUGAGGCUGGCGAUUUAGACAGCAGCUAUGGCAGCUUCAUCUUCAAUCCGUCCAACUUUAAUGCCAGCGAAACGGACACAUCACUCCACUCGCUUCAGGCGACCAUGUACCAGGACAAGCUCAAUGUCAUGGCAGCAACUGCUGGUGCCGUCAGCAGCGAGGAGGCAACCAACAGUUCCACGGCUGCUGCGGCGGCAGCUCAACGCUCCAAGAAGCAAUUCAUCUGCAAGUUCUGCAAUCGACAGUUCACCAAGUCCUACAAUCUGCUGAUUCACGAGCGAACUCACACCGAUGAGCGUCCCUAUUCCUGUGACAUCUGUGGCAAGGCGUUUAGGCGUCAGGAUCAUCUGAGGGAUCAUAGAUACAUUCACUCCAAGGAGAAGCCCUUUAAGUGUGCCGAAUGUGGCAAGGGUUUCUGCCAAUCACGCACUCUGGCCGUCCAUAAGAUACUCCAUAUGGAGGAGUCGCCUCACAAGUGUCCCGUUUGCAAUCGAUCGUUUAAUCAGCGAUCGAAUCUAAAGACGCACCUACUCACCCACACCGAUAUCAAGCCCUACAAUUGUGCCUCAUGUGGCAAGGUGUUUCGACGUAACUGUGAUCUGAGGCGUCACAGUCUGACGCACAAUCUCUCGGCCACGGGCGGAGUGGGCGGUGCUCUAGGUGAUCUGUUUGGCAGUACCAGUAACAGCAAUGGAUCCAGCUCCGAUCUGGGCCUGUCAAUGGUUCUGCCUAAUGCCACAGUUGGUGGUGCAACAACUGGAAACUCUACGCGAGACUUGGUUGCAGUCAGCGAUUGAGUUGCAAAAAACUUCUCUAUUCUCUACAAUCUUCUCUCAAAGAAAUGGAAGCGUACUCCUAAAAUCUCAUUGCAGCUCUCAAUCAUUCGAAUCCCUCCACAAUGUGUCUGAUCUGUGUUGCAAGUACUCGUUGCCCCUAAGUUGCUUACAGCUUACAGCAUUUAAUAUAGUCUAAGUUCACGUUAAGCUAAUGAUAUUUCUAGCUAAUAAUUUAUUUGGUAAUUGAUAUUCUUUUAAGUACGAAAAAGUUUGACUUUGUCUUGAUAUAUAAAACUACAUAUAAGCUAAGUAAAUUGUGGACUUUUAUCAUAAUAUAUCAAAAUAUUAUUUAGAUUAAUCGCAAAAUAAAAUAUAUA